UUUUGCUCGGUCGUCUCGAGUUGCAUCCACAUCCAGAAGCCCUGUGAUAAUUAACGGUGUUCGCGGUCGGAUCGAAGUGAAUUGUCUUGUGCGUGGAGUUACUGUGCGUGCGGAUUUAUCUGCCCGUCGGACCGGGUUCGGAAGUUUUCCAUCUGCGGAGUAUCCUUGCCCUAGAAAGUCGAAGCAAACCGUUCCAAUUGGUGGAAGAGUUUUUUUUCCUUCCCGUAUCGCCUACUAGGUUGUCAAGCCAAGCAGGCAAGGGGUGCCCCAACAGGAGCACCACACACGGAGGAAAUCUGCUCGCAGUGACACAGUGUGUUGUGAAUUUUGAACUAGUGUUGGUGAAAAUCCGGAGUUGCUACGUGAAAGGACCUUCCUGGGGCUCCAGAAGACCCGUGAAUUUAGGCAGGUGCUGAACCGCGCUUAAGGCAGCCGGGAAGAAUUCGUCCGAAAGUUGAACAGAACCGAAGGCGAGUGUGUCUACGUUUGAAGAAGUGAUACGGAAGAAAACCAACCAACAGCAUUGUCGCAUUCUGUGUUCGCUUAAUCGAAGAGGCUUUAAGAAAGAUAUCGCUAGCCAAGAGUUCGUUUUCAACGGUCGCUUUUUGUAACAUUUUAUAAAUCAUUGCAAGUGAGAAGAUUUGUGUGACGGUGGUUGAUUGCGCGAUAUCCAGAGUUUAGUUUUCUAAAUAAAAAGCAAAGCACUUUUUAUCGAGCUAACCGAGGUAGUUACAGUUGAUGUGUGUAGUUUUAAGAAAUUUAAUCUAGUCAAAGUGUUUAUUUUUCUUCAUUUUAAAAGUCGAAAAAAAUUUGUAUGAAGAACCUGUUUGUGUGGAAAGUGAUGCGUUUGUGAAGAUCUUUCAUCGCUAUAUGAAUCAUUGGUGAAGAAACUAAGAAAACUUACCGUCUAACCAGAAGCGAAGCACCCCGGAAGAUAAACUGAUCCAGCUAGUUCCGAAUAGCGCGCGCGUUUGGUGAACUUGAAUCCGCUUCUUAAAUGGGUGAUUUUCUGUACGGUGGUUCGGUACUGGCGAAUGAUUCGUGCGUGUCCAGCCAGUCGUUGCUCGACACGUUGAGUAUCAACAAUCUGCUGAACAUCAAGCACCUUUCGAACGGAGCAGGCAACUCGGUGGGUGGUGGUCUAAGUCCCUCGGCUUCGGAACCGUCGAACGGAGCAAGUUCAAACUCGGUGGACUCCAUCGUCAACGAUAACAACAACUCGUCGUCCUGUGGCGCCAAAAAGUCAACCAUGCCAACUAGCAGCAACAGCAUCGUGACCAGUGUCGUCGGAGGCAGUGGCGUCGAUGAGUCUGGAAUGCUGAUCGCUCACUCACAGAUUGCGUCCAGCAACUCGGCCGGAACCAUUCCAACCAUCACGACAGCCAUCUCGUCCGAGUGCUCGCUAACUGCGUCCAGUGUCAACACUCUAUCGCUCCAGUUGAACGCGGCACAGUCCGACGACGAUACUUCGACCUCGUCGCUGCUGAACGGAGGAGGCUCCGGAGCUUCACCGAUCGUUUCCCUCAACAGUCACAACAACAACAAUAACAACAACCCGAACGCCGCCAACAACAAUCUACUGAUCGAAAACUCCGAACUGCAUCUUCCCAGUGCUGCCGAAGAACUCGGCCUCAAAGCGGCCGACCUGAGCUGCCUCAGCGUGACUUCCAGCCUGAUGAAUGGCGGAACCUCAUCGCACAUGAUUCUUCCACCGACUGGCUUAAACUUUGGAGCCACUCCGGACCACAGCCCAUGGUCCAACAGUAUCGAUGAUCCAACCACCGCUGCCAGUUCCCAUAUCUCGAUCAACGGCCUGGGUGGAUUCCAGAACUAUUCCAACAACCACAUGUACAACGGUGCCGCUGUGGCUGCCGCAGCUGCCGCGGCCGCUGCCCAGCAGCAACGUCGUGCUAUCACUGCUUCCCACGGAGGAUUCCCCCAUCAUGGCUUAUCCUCGAACACAGUCGGUCCCAAUCAUAUGCUCCAGCACCAUGGCUCCGCUCAAAACCAACCCCAGCAGAAUCAGUUUAAAAACUCCUACCCAACCUGGUCCAAUCCUGCCCCCGCUGGUCCCUGGUCACAGCAACAGCACACCCAGCAAAAUCAAAAUCCCAUGAACUCCUGGAACCGUGGCCGCUCCGUUCCGAACAUGAACCUUGGUAACGGCCUCACCAACCAACUCCACCAACGCAAACCGCACAAUCCCAACUCCCAAUCCCAAGCCCUCUCGCCAUACGCCAACCACCUGCACCAGCAGCAACAACAACAACAACAACAACAGCAGCAGCAGCAACAACAGCAACAACAACAACAACAACCCCCAUCUCACCUCCAGCAGUCCCUUUCCGUCGCUUCGAACCUCAUCAACUCCCCCUCCAAGUAUCGUCGCAGCACUUCCUAUCCGGGCAAAUCCGGGCUGCCAAACUCUGGUGGUGGUGGCGGUGUCGGCGGAAUGGGCGGAGGUGGAUUCGGUGCCGGUCCGCUCGAUGUCGUCCCGCUGGACGAUAGCCGUGAUCCGUUCCUGUCAUCAUAUCAGGACCGCACCGGAUUAAACAAUGGAUUAGAUAUGCGUUCGCUGGAGCACUGCCUCAGCGAUAUCAUGCGGAAUGUCGGCGAGGCCUCCCAGCCGGAUCAUUUAAAAGGAUUCCUGAACUGCAACACCAACACGCUGCAGUCGUUAGCUCAACUACACGGAAAACUCGAUUUCCACGAAUUCAUACCAGGCAAACCCUUCUUCUCCGGAUUGGACGAGCACAUUUCGGACGAAGCCGGUGGCUUCAUCGGCAACAGCAACAAUCACCACUCGCAGCACCACCAUCACCAUCAGUUGUCCGGGCUCGGUGGUUCGCCGGCCCGCUCUUCCCCGCACUCGAACGGUUCGGAGUCGACGGAACGCUUCAGCCGGAAGGUGUUCGUCGGCGGACUACCGCCGGAUAUCGAUGAAGAGGAAAUCACCACGUCGUUCAACCAAUACGGAGCACUCGUCGUCGAUUGGCCGCACAAGGCCGAGUCCAAGUCCUACUUUCCACCGAAGGGAUACGCGUUCCUGCUGUUCCAGGAGGAACGUGGCGUACAGAAACUGAUCGAAACAUGCCACCCGGAGGAUGACAAGCUGUACAUUACCGUGUCAUCACCGACCAUCAAGAACAAAGCGGUCCAGAUUCGACCCUGGCGCCUGGCCGAUGCCGACUACGUGCUGGACGCUUCGAUGCCGCUAGAUCCCCGCAAGACGGUGUUUGUCGGCGGCGUUCCGAGACCACUGAAAGCAUAUGAACUUGCCAUGAUCAUGGACCGCCUGUACGGAGGUGUAUGCUACGCUGGAAUCGAUACCGAUCCUGAAUUGAAGUACCCGAAGGGUGCCGGUCGCGUAGCAUUCUCCAAUCAGCAAAGCUACAUCGCAGCCAUCUCUGCCCGCUUCGUGCAGCUCCAGCAUGGGGACAUCGAUAAGCGCGUCGAGGUUAAGCCGUACGUCCUGGACGAUCAGAUGUGCGAUGAGUGCCAGGGUCAGCGCUGCGGUGGCAAGUUCGCACCGUUCUUCUGCGCCAACGUUACCUGUCUACAGUAUUACUGCGAGCACUGUUGGGCUCACAUCCACUCGCGCUCCGGCCGCGAGUACCACAAGCCCCUCGUUAAGGAGGGUGCAGACCGGCCCCGGGCAGUGCCCUUUCGCUGGUGUAACGCCAGCCACCACGAUCAAUAUCGACUGCAGCGGGAAGGACAGCAUCAUCUGCUUUCGCGAACGCGACGUCGACGAGAUCGAGCCAUCACCACCAACAGCAACAACACCACCACCAGCAGCAGCAACCCCCACAUCACCAUCAGUCAGUUGUUGGCAGCAACAGCGGCAGCGGCGGCAGCAAUUCCCUCGGUGCCUCUGCAGCAAAUGCCUUUCACGGCUUUGGUCAACCAGGGUCAUCCAGCUAUGUACCUCCCCCACCAUCGUUUCCCUGGACCAAUAGCGGCAACAGCGGCAGCUCCGCAAUCAGUGGCCUCGGAAUUGGUUCCACCAAACCAAGGCAACAGCAACAGCAGCAUCACCUGAGUCGAGUUCCGACUUCGGGGGGAUUUCUAGCACCACCGCCAACGCGUUAUAGCGGUGGCGGCAGCAGUGGGGGAAGCAGUAAUGGUUCCGGGCUCAUCUCUAGCAGCGGCAGUAGCAGUCCUUCCUCGAUGCGCUGCAGUAGUUCGAUUGAUCAGGCACUCGCUAGCGCGGGUUCAGUUAGUUUUAGCAAAAAGCAACAGGAAGACAUACUGAAACAGCAUCAACGGAAGAUGCAACAGCACCACCAGCAGCAGCAGCAGCAGCAUCAACAGCAACAGCAGCAUUCGUCAUCACUCUCGAUCGCCACCAGUGGCACGAUCGGGAACUAAGCGGAAAAAGACGACAAAACGACUUUUUUUUAUGUAAUCCACUAGAAAUAUGCGUUUUUUCUACUCCAGAUGUAGGUCAUAACUAUAGGAUAGAAGCAGAUAGCAAAAACUGUACGUUUUUGUAAGAAACGAUUUUCACCGAAUAAGGAGUAGAUUAAAAUACAAAGAAAACUUGAAGUAUUAUAGUAGUUGAAAACGAUCAGAGCGGGGGAGUAAAAACUUUAUAUUAACCUAGGACCUAGUAAGCCACAAAACAGAAUGCGAUAAUAAACUUUUCUUACCCUCUUGGAAGUUAUAUAUUUUCUGUAGAAAACCGUAGAGGGUGAAACAGAAUUUAUUGAGUUACAAAGAAAUAGUGAAGUACUGUUUAUAAUUCGUUCACUUUUUAUAUUGAAACGCGUUUUUUCGUUAACUUUUUGUAUGAAAUCGAGUUAGAUGAGUAUAUAUUACAAAUAUGUACAGCUAUUGCUAGCAAAAAUCAGUGAGGAAAAUCCAUUAGUGCAGCGUUUCUCGUUCUGAGAUAACUUGACGGAUCGAGAUUCGCUGCAGUAGUGUAGAGUUAAUAAUAAAUUUAGUAGGUACGAUAUUUGUAAUUGCAUCCUCAAGAAGGAAAAUAAAUAUCAUUCACAUUCUUACGCGAGACGAGGUAAAUUGAUGUGUAAAUAGUAAACCCUAAUACUAAUUUUCCUAUGGAAGGAAACAAUGCGACAAAGGUAAACCGAAUAAGAAAGAAGACAUCAGAUUUUCAUACAAAUCAUUUUUUGUGAUAGCUAUUUUUGUAGACACACACACACACAGAAAAAAAAUACACACAUACCAACCCAAAGCAUAGGUAAAUCAUAUAAGCGUCACUUUCAAAUCAAUAAGGAAACGACAACAAAAUGUAUUGAAACAUUUCAAAUAAAGAAACAAAACAUACGAAAUAUCAUCGCGCUUUUGUAUUCGAACAGAUCAGAUCAGAAAGUGAAGAUAAGUGGGUGUUUUUAUAAAUAAGCUACUAUUUUUAUCCAUGAAGAGAAAACAUAUAAGAAAGGUAAAAUGCAAAACAGUGUAAGUAAAGCAAAGUAGGCAAAGGAAAUGAAAUCCAGAAUGAUUUCAGCUUUUCUAAAGAGAAAACAAACUAGCCAAUUGUCGGAGGAGUAGUCAAAUUUCGUUGUUAUUGUUUUUGUUUUUCCGUUGUUGAUUUUGUUUCUUUUUUUUUAGUUAGCUUUUGCUACCUACUAUCUGUUAACGCAUUUGCUGUUCGUGUAAAAUUAUCACACUUGUAUUGACGAAAGCAACCAAAACACAUAAUCGUUGUUGUUGUGUAUUUCCGGAACAAACAUGAAGUGUGAUCCGAUUUUUGUUUUGUUCUGUUGAUAGUUCUGUUUGGCUUUGUAUAAUAGGUAUAAUUAGGAAGAUGACAACUGCGCUAUCAAAAAUAAGCAACAGAAAAAGAGGAAAUGAUCCGGCUGACGGGAGUUUGACGCACAAAUGUUACUACCGAUAUGGGUGACGGGCACAUUACUAGUCAUGGGAAAUCAUUUCGGUUACCUAAUAUAGGAAGAAAAUGUGCGGUAAUAAUGAUGCGGCACCCGACAGUCGAUAGCGUCAAUAGUUAGAUAAAAUGAAAUAGUAAAUAAUGCAGCGAAAAAUGCUGGAAAGGAAACCAAAACAACUGGGUUUGGACCCUUGCAAGUAUCAAUAGAAUCAAACGGUGAAACGACACUAAAUCUAAGCAUUCUAAGUUGACUACUUCAAGCUCUUUGGUUAACCAUCUACAGAAAAAAAGCAUGUUUUUGCCGUAAAAUGUCAGACUAAGAAGCAAGGCUUCGAACAUGAUUUGGUUAUUUUAUCACGGAAUUUUCUGGCUUUGUUAGGGGGGUCUUUCCCUCUUCUUAUACUUCAUACUGGUAGGUUUUUUUAAAGCGAUCUUCCUAAGAAUUCCAUAAUUCAAUAGAAGUUCAUAAGUUUAAUUGCUUGAAAAUUUGAAGUUGAAGCACAACACAUUGACAUAGCCACAAAAAGCGUCAGAUUUGUAAAAGAUUGUGGGUUAACAUUAGAUGCGGGAAAUCUGUUCUCUGAUCUAUCGAAAACGGACAUCGCAAUCUAUCGAUUGACGAGGAGUGAUACAAAUAGAUCUUAUUUCUAUUAUUUUCUGUCGAUCUCUGUUCUGCAUACGAGUGCCAAUCACCGACGCCAGGGAGAUGAUCCUACAGUGGAACCCAGCAAUUGCUUUACAUCACUUCCAAAGGACCACGGCUGGGAUUGAACGCAGGCCCACUGGGGAGCGAGGCAGGUAUGCGUACUACUCAACCACCGGCGCCGUCCGAUAAAUGUUAUCACAAUUUGAUGAGCGCGUACGCAGCCAUACUAAUCUUCAAUGAAUACCCUCCAAAUGUUCCUGAUUGUAACUCCAAACACAACCAUAUUGACCCCAACAACGGCUUCGAAAGUGUAUCAGCAGAUGAACCGAUCGGCUGACUCAGCAGAUGGACAGAUCACAGCAGAUGGACUCUUGAAAAGUCUCCUUGAGCGCAUUCCAUGGUCAGGAUUGUACUUUCGUAGAACCCAACCGUUAAUCGAGAGGUUGGAUCAUCGGUUAAACGGCUAUACUGUAGGUCAGAGGUCCAAUACUCGAGCAGUCCUUGCUAUCAAUGGCUCGUAGAACGCGCCUCGAAACCUAGACCAUAACCAUAGACAACGGGGCUUAUUACGGAUGUCACUUUACGGUGAAAACUUGUCACUUGUCUUCACGGUGAAGUGACUCCCAUUUGAUUUGUACGGCAAUCACGGCUCUUAUUCUGAGUAUCACUUCCUUAUCAUCGUGUAGUGAUACCCGUAAUAAGGCCCAACAUAUCUUGAUAGAGCUGGAAUUAGGGCGUAACAGCUUUUGUAAACUUCUCUCGAUGAUUUCUCGAAAGUCAAGGCACGCUUUCGCAAACUAACAUAACCAACCGCAAGGGGAAGUCUUCCCCUUUCAGAUGGUGACGUUGAUUUGAGUGAGCGAGCCUUGGCUUUCUAGAGAUCAUCGAGAGAAGUCAUUGUUUGCAAAAGCUGUUAUGCUCUAAUUCCAGCUCUAUCUAGAUAUUAAGAAAACUUUGCUAGAAUCCAUCAACUUUGAGAGGUCGAAACAGAUCGCAGCAACUUGCGAUCUUUUUUUUGGCGUUUAUUCAACCGACCGAACCUACGUCGAGUUGCUUGUGCUUGGAACAACUCGCACUAUUUCAGUGCCAACAUUUCAAAGGGGCGUAAUUACUUUUGUGAACAAUGGCUUGAGCUAUCGAUUUCUCGCAAAUAAAAGCCCAUCCCUUCAAAUUAACAAUGCUAGCUGGUUAAGGAAACAUUCUUCUGCCUGCUGGUGUCAUUAAUCUUCAUGAGUAUGCUUUUAUUCGCGAGAAAUCGAUGGCUAAAGCCAUUGUUUACAAAUACAAUUACGCCCCUUUGAAAUGUUGACACUGAUUUAUGCUCUGAACCAUUUGGUGGAUUAUUUUAAGGCUCUGAACCAUUUGGUGUAUUAUUUUAACUUUUGGUUAUAAUUUGACAGAUGGAAAGUUAUCGAUUAACCCUGUUAUCCGAGCGUGGUUACUUCUGACCGACAAGAAGUUAAAUUUUGACAACUGUGACUGAGUUCUUCUCGAAAACCGGUCGAUCGACAGCACAGGGAUUUUCGAAAUCAAGACCAACAUUUGAAAUGGCCUUAACUCCAUUUAGUAAACAAACCUUGUAAGGCUAUUUUCUCGCGAACCGAAGUCCGCAAAGGUAAACCAACAUAAUGAACAAGUAGGGAAAAUUCUCCUCUACCCGUUUAGGUGGUUUAGGUUUGCGAAUGAAGGUUUCGGUACGCGAGAAAAUUGCCUUACAAGGUUUGCUUACAAAAUGGAGUUAAGGCCAUUUCAAUUGUUGGUCUUGAAAUGUCACUUUUAACCAUGAAGUUAAACUUAACUCGUGGUUAAAAGUGACAUUUCGAAAGUUAUUUCUUACGUUCGAAAAUCACUGUGUUACCGAUCGAUCGGUUUUCGAGCAGAACUCAGCCACGGUUGUCAAAAUUUAAAUGCUUGUCUGUCAGAAAUAGCCACGCUCGGAUAGCAGGGUUAAUCGAUAACUUUCUAUCAGUCAAAUUUUAACCAAAAGUUAAAAAUCCGACAAAAAAUGGUUCAGAGCCUUAGAGCGAGUAAGUUCAAUGAGGUUGAAUUUGAAUUUGAUCUAGAUUUUGACAAAUUACCACGAGGAUUUCAGAGAAGAAAGGAAUUUAUCAUAGGCAUUUUGGUGCA